AUUUAUUAUAUAUUUUCAAAUAAAAAUUAUCCUAAAAUAUUUUUGAGAAAUGGAUAGCGAUUCAAUAUUCAAACAGUUCUUGGCUAGAGAUGAUAACAAGGAAUUGAGGCAAUUAUGCUCUCAAAGUAUGGAAUUUUUAAACAACCCUCCCAGCCAAAACCAAUUUAACACAAAUUUAAAUAACCAAGACCUGGGAACAAUGCAUACAGAGAGACAAAUGAAUUUAAACUUAGAUUAUGGAGCACCAACCUCAAAUGACUUCAUGAGACCAAAGCAUGUAAUGCUGGAUGAAAUCUCUGAUGCCUUGCUCGUCGACGGAACGCAGUUCAACGAAAACAUUAAUAUGCAAUGGAGCCAACUACCGUUAUCACCGGAUCUACUCAAAGGAAUUCAGAAUAUGGGAUUUGCAAAGCCAUCGAAAAUACAACAGUGCGCACUGCCACUGAUUCUUGGCAGCUGUACAAAUAUUAUCGCUCAAGCAAAAAAUGGAUCCGGGAAAACAGCAACAUUCGCAUUGGCAAUGCUUUCCAAAGUUAAUGUUAAUGUUCCCUUAGUACAGGCUCUGUGCAUUUGCCCAACCCGUGAAUUGGCAACACAGAAUGUCCAAGUCAUACAGAAAUUAGGACAGUUUACACAAAUUAAAUGUUUUUUGGGAGUUCCACAGUGCCCAAGAUAUGAAGAUAAUGAUCAGUACCACCUGUAUGUCGGAACGCCAGGAAAAACAAUGGAUUUCCUUAAAAAGAGAAUUAUGAAUGUUACGAACGUUGUGAUGUUGGUUCUGGAUGAAGCCGAUGAACUUAUAAACCAGCAGAAUAACAUGGGACCACAAGUGCUCCAGAUUAGAAACUUUUUUAGAGGGCCUGUACAAAUAGUAUUAUUCUCAGCGACAUUCUCAGACAAUGUAUAUAAUUUCGCAACUAAAAUAGCACCGAGAGCCCAUGUGAUUCAAGUUAAACGAGAGCAACUUACCUUGGAUUGUAUUGACCAAAGGUACAUGAUCUGUAAUGAUGACGAGGAUAAGUUCAACAAGCUCUCUGAAAUAUACUCAAGCAUGAUUGUUGGACAAUCAGUAAUAUUUGUGAACUCAAGAGAAACGGCAUUUAAACUUUCUCAAAGGAUGCGCGAUCAAGGCCAUGCUGUAUCUUUAUUGUGUGGAACCUUGGGACCGAGUUCAGGUCCCAAUUCUAUGACACCUGAAAUUAGGGAUAGAAUUAUGAAGGAAUUCAAAGAUGGAGAGACAAAGGUCCUCAUCUGUACAGAUGUUCUGGCGAGAGGAAUUGAUGUCCCACAAGUUACGCUUGUUAUAAAUUAUGAACUUCCAAUGUCGUACUCAGGAGCCAAAACAGCUGAACUCAAAUCAGUGUGCAUGGAAACGUAUCUACACCGUAUCGGUAGAACGGGUCGUUUUGGAGUUAGGGGAAUGGCAAUUAAUAUGAUAACAGUAAAUGAAAUGGCGCUUAUAGAGUCAAUUAAACAAUUUUACAAGUGUAACGUUGACCUUUUGGAGUGUGACCCAGAAGAAUUGGAAAAUAUGGUCAGGAAUUUCAGAGUAUAACACUAUAAAUUUUAAAAAAUAAUUUUGUGUAAUUUAA